GCCUCUUAUAAAACCCGAAGGCAGGAAGGCCGUUACUCAUCCCGCGCCCCAUCUCCUCCCUCCACCGCCCCCAUCCCCCUCCUUUCUCUCUCCGACUAUAAUUGCUACACAUAUACGUAUAUAACCCAUGGCGGCUAACUCGUUCGCUCCCCCGCCACCUCUCCUCCGCCCCAAAUUCUCAAACCCAUCUGCCAAAAUCAAGCCGUACGUAUGCGCAACGCUCUCCAAACCGACGGCCGAGAUCUCCAUAAAACCGGCCGUCGCCACCCGGGGAAAACAGCUGCAGAUUCUCCCGAGAGCGCCCCAGCUCCGGGUCUCGCCCGAUUCGCUGCAGUACCCGGCCGGUUUCCUGGGCGCCGUGCCGGACCGGGCUGGCGGCGGAUGUGAGGGAGACGGCGUUCUCAACGCAAUGGAGUACUUGACGAACAUACUCGCGUCUAGGGUUUACGACGUGGCGAUCGAGUCGCCGUUGCAGUUGGCGUCCAAGCUCUCGGAGAGACUGGGGGUGAAGAUGUGGCUCAAGAGAGAGGAUUUGCAGCCUGUUUUUUCAUUCAAGCUUCGAGGAGCUUAUAACAUGAUGGCUAAACUUCCAAGAGAACAGUUGGAAAGAGGCGUAAUCUGCUCAUCAGCCGGGAAUCAUGCCCAAGGGGUUGCAUUAGCAGCCAAGAGGCUUGGCUGUAGCGCUGUAAUUGUCAUGCCUGUUACCACACCGGAAAUCAAGUGGAAGUCAGUUGAGAGAUUAGGUGCUACUGUUGUUCUUGUUGGGGAUGCAUAUGACGAUGCACAAAAAUAUGCGAAGAAUCGUGGUCAGGAGGAGGGGCGUACCUUUGUACCACCUUUUGAUCACCCUGAUAUUAUCAUGGGGCAAGGAACUGUUGGGAUGGAGAUUGCACGUCAAAUAAAUGGCCCAAUACAUGCAAUAUUCGUGCCCGUAGGUGGUGGUGGUCUAAUAGCUGGUAUUGCUGCCUACGUCAAGAGGGUUUCUCCCGAGGUAAAGGUUAUUGGAGUGGAGCCCUCUGAUGCGAAUGCGAUGGCAUUAUCGUUGCAUCAUGGUCAGAGAGUCAUGCUGGACCAAGUGGGAGGCUUUGCAGAUGGUGUAGCAGUUAAAGAAGUCGGUGUAGAGACUUUUCGUUUAUGCACGGAAUUGAUAGAUGGGGUAGUUCUUGUUAGCCGUGAUGCUAUAUGUGCAUCCAUAAAGGACAUGUUUGAGGAGAAAAGGAACAUUCUUGAACCAGCAGGUGCUCUUGCCCUUGCCGGAGCCGAAGCAUAUUGCAAGUAUUAUGGCCUUCAGGAUGAAAACGUUGUGGUAAUAACCAGUGGGGCAAACAUGAACUUUGACAGACUUCGAUUGGUAACUGAACUUGCCGAUGUUGGUAGGCAACGCGAGGCUGUGCUUGCUACUUACCUGCCAGAGGAGCCUGGCAGCUUUAAACAAUUUUGUGAACUGGUGGGGCCAAUGAAUAUCACGGAGUUCAAAUAUCGAUAUAAUGCUGAUAAAAACCCAGCUCAAGUCUUGUAUAGUGUUGGCCUUCAUACAGUGUCAGAGCUUUGUGCCAUGGUGGAUCGAUUGGAAUCUUCUCAACUUCGAACCAUUAAUCUGACAAGCAAUGACUUGGUUAAAGAUCAUCUACGCCAUUUGGUCCACCGCAUCCAUGCUUAUGUGCCAAGAAACCACCCAUUUGUCAUGUCUCUUAUAGAGGUGCACAUUUUCAACAUAUGCAACUAUGCUUGGUUCCAAAACACACUGAGUGUCAUCAACCAUAGGAUGUGGGAAUUUCAACUUCACAUCAUACCGAAGGCUCAGUUGAGUAAAUACCAUGACCAAAGGAUCCUCAAGCUGUCCCAAAUAGCAUUUAUCCCUUUGUUAGCUAUCUCACACCAAAGAUGAUUUGGAAGGCAUCUCAUGGAACCAAUCAUCAAGGUUCGACUCUAUGAAAUCCUCUAGAACCAGCAUGAAAUCAAAAACAACCUCUUCGGACUUUGGUACCACACCCAAAGCAAGAUCAACUCCUCUCCCUUCUUGCACUUCCUAUCUUCAUUGCCUAGACAUGAGGAACCUUUCCUUGACAAUGUCAACAAGUCUUCCCUCUUUACUAUCAAUAUCAAACUCCUCAUUAGGAUAGUCAUUGAGUGCGGGAACAUCUUCAAAAUCACCUCCAAAGUCUUCAUCUGUAGACUCAACAAAGAUGGGCAAAUCUUCACACCCAUCUUCAAUCUCAAACACACAUUCAUCUCCAAGAACAUACUAAGGUCUUCACUUGGAUAUUCAUAAAAAUUUGGAACAUUAGUGUACUCAGAAUCAUCAUUACAACUUUGUUCUUUCACCUCCUUGACAAAGAGAGGAUUAGGAACAUGCUCACUAGCCUUUUCAUCAACUUCCAACUGAAGCGAUGAUUCCCCAAACUUGAAGCAUUCAAAUUUUCCACAAGGUGACGGACUUCUAGCCUCCAAGGUGCCAUUUAAAGGUUGAUUUUUAGUUGGGACAGCCCCUAGAAAUUUACUCUUACCAAAACAAGUUAAGGAAAUUGCAUUGGGAUGUUGAUGGAAAGGUAGGAAUUCCUCCUUGAGCUUCUUCUUCAUCCUACCCCAUUCCCUAAUCUUUUCUUUGACUAUCCUUUGUUGAUUAUCUUUAAAUUUUGUCCACCAAUCUGAAGCUCUCUAUAACGACCCGAAUCCUCAAACACCAUGAUAUUAAAAAGACCACAAUCUGUCUUUUAUUCCAAAAAUUAUAUAUAAUUACAACUAUCUCUAAAGUAAAUAAACAACAACCCAGUCUUGUAGCAACUCAGACAAGCUCGCACCAUUGGCACCUGUCCCACUAACCAACGUACAAGCUAGAGUCCAAAGGAUCCCAAGAGUGUGUGAGACAUAAUAACGUGUACAAUAUCAACACUAAAUUAACUGCACAAUAUCAACCACCACGUAUUAACACCAACCACGAUUAUAACACCUUCCACAUAACAGGAACCACAUAUCCCGUCCUCCUCAGUAUAUGACGGGUGACGUACCACCUCACUAGCCUCACCACAGCCCAUUUGCUAAUUCUUAUUUUGGCAUAGCUUAUUAGCCUAGUCAUCCCGUCACAUACCAAACAGUUACACGACAUAUAGUCACCGCACAUAACUCAACCAACAAGAACCCAACAUUAAUAUAGUACAAGAGAUAUGUAUCUCACACUCACCCUCGCUCGGAUCCCAUAACAGCGUUGGAUUCCUUCGCCGAUCAUUUCUUCUCUUGGUUCCUAGCUCUCUGUAAAACUCACCGAAAAGUUAUUUUCCUUAAGAGAAGUCUCUUGCUCUUGCUUUUAUACAAUUUGUUGAGUCAGCUCACAAGGUGUCCUAAUAAGACACUUGUCCAACCUAUCAUUUUGUUUUAUUAUCGAAUCUAUAUUUACCUUAAGAUUCUAAGGUCUAAACUCACCCCUCACAUGCACACAUGCACGUGUACUACAUCUAGGAAGAAGUGCUCUGUCCAUAUGAGUUAAUAAAUCAAAUUCGAUAAAUCUGAAGUCACUGGAAAAAUACAUAUCGGGGUAUUACACUCUCCCCUUAAGGCAAGUAAAUGCCAAUUUCACCUUCUUUUCUUUGCUAAGAUAACAAUAUUCGAGAACACUCUCAAUGGUGUUCACCCAACGAACUCUAGUGGGCUUCCACAACAUGGGAAGUUCAUUAUCAACAUCGUCCACCGAUGUGUAUUCAAAUCUAACCAAAUUUGCUCUACGCACAUGCGGAGCACCAUAACAAUUUUCCAAUGGAAUGGAGUCCUUCCUUUCAGUCGGACGUUGCAAAUGCUGCACAUUGUCAUACAAGGACAUGUACUUUACACUCAUUUCAGUAAUUUAUUUUUUAAAAGUUUAAUUGGGUGAUUUCCCUUU